AAAAUAGCUAUGCCAACUUCCUGAAGCAUUGUAAGCAGGUCUACGAUCGUAGGUAAAUCUUCCUUUUCUAGCGCAUCCAUUGACCAUGCCGUUUACUGCAAUGGCGGUAUAGAUAUUUCAUGAAGAAGAAAGUGGAUUUUCUGCAAUGAUGAUUACGAUUUGUGUGGGCAAGGUCUAGUUGUACUUUUAUAGACUACAGAAUUCAGUUUCUUCCAUAUUGAUCAGUGUAAUAGUCAAUAUAAUAUAAUCUUACUUCUAAAAAACAAAAAAAUCCAGUUAUCGAUAAUAAUUGUUCCUUGAGGAGUUUAUCAACUUACAACAAUAGGACGCCAAAGAAUUCGCGGUAAUCGUUCCCGACGUCUUAGGUAAUAUUUGGUAUUUCAUUAUCUGAAUGGACAAUAAGGUGGAUGUCUCAGAAGUAGAAAAUAUUUCAAUGAUUGGAUCUUCUGAAAUUUAUUAUCUGCCUGAAGUCGCAGAGAUAUCAGAGGUAUUAGAUUCUACUGGUCUUAGUCCAUUAACCUCUUCUUUAGACCAUACUUUAACUCUUCAAGAGGAUAAACUGCUUUCAUCAGAAGUUAAUAUGGGUAUAGAAGAUACAUGGACUGAAGCAAAUAGUUCUACAUCAGACUAUGCUAUUCCACUUCCACCACCACCUGGUUUAAAUGAUUUUACAGAUGUUGGUGCAGAUCCUAUUGGUGAUAAUGGAACUGAAGGUGGAGAUUCUCAAGAUGAUUCACAAAUGGAAGAUGUAGUUUUACGCGCGGGAGUAUGUGGUCUUCGCAAUCUUGGUAAUACUUGCUUUAUGGCUGCUGGCUUGCAGUGUUUAACUGCAACUCCUCCCGUACUGCGACAUUUUUUGGAUUUACAACAAAGGGGAGAAAAACUUCCUCCUCCUGGGUCAUUGAUGGCACAUUUUAGUGCACUUCUUGGUAAAAUGUGGUCUGGCAAAUAUAGCGUUCUUAGGCCUACUGAAUUUAAACAAACAUUAGGGGCAUAUCAUUCACAAUUUAAAGACUAUAGACAGCAUGAUUGUCAGGAAUUUCUUGCACUUCUGUUGGAUUCUUUACAUGAACAAAUGAAUACUGCAAAAUGUACAAAAAAUUGUCAAACUCCAUCAUCUACAACCACUGCCAACACGAAUAAUUCAAUCGAAAAUUCAAAUGGGAAAAUCAUGUCUUCAGUCACUGCCACUAGUAAUUCCAAUUGUAAUACAGAUUUAUUGGAAAUGUAUGAUUGCUUACCAUCACCAGAAUGUCCAAAUAGCCCCAAUGUAACAAUGGCUGGUUCACCAAGAGACUUAGGAUCACCUAUAGGAGAAUUAGAUAGUAUUGCAAAUUCACCGCGAGGAUCACCUUUAAACGAUGGUGAGGAUGACGAAGAAACACUUGAUUCUGAUGAAACUGUUGAAGCAAAAUCAAAUACGUUUAUUCAUAAUGAAGUCGAUGGAAAGAAAAAUGAAGUCACACCUUCACUAAGGCUAGAAACAUUAAUUGAAUUUUCAAAAAAUGUUCCGAAAUACCACGGUCUUUAUGAUAUUCAUAAAGAAGCAAAAACUAGUAAUGCAAACUUCUUAGUAAUGCAACAGGAGUGUAAUAAUGAGAUUCAUUACGAUUCACAAAAAUUUCCGAAAGAAAAUAUUCGUAGAAUGCCUUUAGAUAAUUCAAAUCUAAUGGAAAAUCAUGAUUUUGAUAACAAGAGUGUCAGUAUCAAAAGGAUAAAAGAAGUUAAUGUUCAAAAAGUCAAUUGUGGUGUAGAUUAUGCAUCAAGUGGUUCUGAUAUAGAGUAUGAUAAUGGUUUAGAGAAAUGUAAUGUAAAACGUAUGAGGCUAGAUGAUCAAGAAAAAAAUCAUAAACGGGAUGGUCAAGGAAGUAUUAGUUCUCAAUGCAUACGAAUUUCACAAAGUUAUGGAAAUGGUACUGUAGAAACACAAGAUGAAAUUGAGGCUGAUAAACAUUGGGCAAAGCAUUUAAAAUCUAAUAGAAGUAUUAUUGUUGAUACUUUCCAAGGACAGUUUAAAAGCAAGGUUGUUUGUGCAGUAUGUAAUCAUGUUUCCGUUACGUAUGAACCUUUCAUGUAUUUGUCAGUGCCACUACCUCAUGCAAUGGAGAGACAACUAAAUGUUACAUAUGUUCCUGCAAAUGGCGAUCAACCUAUAAGGUGCGUUGUUUCAUUAAACAAACAAUCACGCAUUGGGAAAUUGAAGGAGGAGCUAUUAAAAACACUUGGCAAAGAAAAUAUUGCAGUAACAAAUAUUGCACUUGCUGAAGUUUUAGAAAAUCAUAUAUCGAAGAUUUUGGAUGACAAUACACUCUUGAGACACAUCAAUGAUACGAAUCGAUCUAUAUAUGCCUUUGAACUUACGGAACCUCCUGAUGCAUACACUUCAGUACCAGAUGGUGGUGGAGAUCGUGUAACCGAGGCCGAUUCCUGUCAGAAAUGUACAGUUACGGGAGAGGAAAUACCAUGUACAAUUUGUCUCGAAGAAUUGGAUGGAGAUUUGAAAAGGCACAGUGGCAACAGUUGCAACUUUGUUAUGUGUGAUACUUGUAUUGAGAAUUACUUCAAAAAUCAAACGGAACCGCAAAUGUGCCCAAUGUGUUCAACUUAUAUGACUGCGUCGUCUUUUAUUAAAAUAGAUCAAACAGGCAGACCGAGACCUGCAAUUAGGAUCUUAAAUGUACCGCUAGUCUUGCGACAUGAUACAACAAACGAAACAUCAAACAACCGUAAAGGAACAAAACUUUUUGGUUAUCCUCAUUUAGUAAGAUUACCUUCAAGAGUGAAUGCUAAAGACUUGUACGAUAUUGUAAGAAAAAAUGUACCACAAGAAGGAAAUUAUACGCUUCAUUUUGUUACAGGACAGGGUCAUCAUUGUUCUCGUUGUAUGUAUACUACACAUUGUACAGGGUGCAGUGUAUCUGAAACGGGUAUGGUAAUCUUAUGUAAUGGUGAUACUUUAGCAGUGCGUUAUACGGAGCAGGUUCCUAAAAUUGCAUCCCCAAUUGAUCAUGUUAGUAUCAGCAAACAAAGGCCUCAUCAUCCUUUAUCUUUGUAUGAUUGUCUUCAAGCAUUUAGUCAAAGCGAAACAUUAGAUGAACACAAUCCUUGGUUUUGUCCAAAAUGCGAACGAAAUCGGUGCGCUACAAAAACUCUUACAGUUCACAGAUAUCCAAAGUUCCUCAUAGUAUAUUUGAAACGAUUCGUAUUUUAUGAGUGUACUAGUAUGAAAUUAGAUGAUAAAGUUACAUUUCCAUUGGUUGGUUUAAGCGUUGGACAACAUCUAUAUGAUCUUUAUGCUUGCGUUUGUCAUUUUGGAGGGGUUUCGGCAGGACAUUAUACAGCAUAUGCGAAGAAUCCUCGCACUGAUACGUGGUACUAUUACAAUGAUGAAAUUACAAGCAGACAGAAACCUCAAGAGGAAGAUUUUAGCAACGCAUAUAUACUUUUUUACAGUCGGCAAGGGACCAAUUUAAAAUCGUGCAAUAUAUAACCAGUGCUGGAACGACGAAACUGGCAAAUGGUCAGUGAGAUACAAAGAGUGAGGAACAAAAUAGGAUACAAAGAAUCAAGAGAAGAGUUUACAAGGUGUUGCGUUUAUAUGUUGAUGAAACUACAUCAUCUUGAAUGGAAAACUGCUCACAAAUCUCUUGAUCUAUUUUUCCUAAUAAUUCGCUCAUGGUCUGCCUCUUUGUCUCUUUUUCUUCCUUACAUUAUUCAAUUUCUUGCUGUUAAAUUUCUAGCAAACAUCUUAUAUAAAAUGAUACAGCACAUGCAUCGAAAUUCGUUGAAUAUUGUGCGUUUUAUCAGUGAUCAUUUAUUCAGUUGAAGGGUAUUGUGUAUUUGCUAGAUUCAUUAAUGGCGUUUAAUGUGAAAACAGCAGUUGUAAGGAAGAAUUGAUAAUUUGAAAAGAACUAAAUGUAUUUAUACAAGAUUAGUGCGUAAAUAUACGUUGAAUUUGUACAGUAGGUGAUUAAACGUAGACUUUGAGGUUUUGAACAGACGUAAUUUAUUAGUGAAUAAAGGCGAAUGUUACGACUAGAACACACUUAAAAGUACGAUCCUUAAUGAUGGAGUGUAACCAUUCACUGUAUCAUUAUUUCCUUUUUAUUUGAAUGGAUACAAGACUGCUAAAAUGUUCAUAAUCUGCAUGUACAGAGAAAAAAAUUUGUAUUUGCAGAUUAUUUAUUAAAUUAGUUUUGUUGUAAUUUUAUUACAAGAUAUUCAUUUUAUUUGUUAUAUGCGCUCGUAUCCUCACGCGUACAAUCGACACACGCAUGCGUUAUAAUACAUAAUCAUCAUAUCUGUUGUUAGUAUGCUAUUUGUGGCCCGAUGACUGUAUUAUAUACGUCUUUGUCGUAUAAGUUAUUGUAAAAAUUAUCAUAAAAGAAACUGUUCCAAUUUUUUUGGUGAAAACCUAUUAACUAGAAAGUGAUUACAUUAUAUUAUAUUUGUGUUCAUUUGGUAAUUU